GCCGAGGGAGAGAGGCGAGCGAGCGAGCGAAAUGGUCAAGUCCUCCUUAACUCUGGGCCCCCUCGCGGGCCUCACCCCUCCUCCCAGGGGCUGAGAUUGGAGAGGAAGUGGGAAGGCUUCAAUCGGUUCCUCACACCAGCGCCCUCAUGCCCCCACCCUACUCUUCGGCUCGGGGCUUCGGCGCGCCUCACCGCCGCCCCUCGCCCCGGGAGAGGAGCGGGCGGCGCGGCCGGGCUCGCGGUGAGAGGCCUGGGGCGGCAGGCGGCCUCCGCGGGGCCGCCAGGGCCCGCAGCCGUCAGCCCGCUGGAGGGCCAGGCCCGAGAGCAGCCCCGGAGUCCGCGGCGGCCGGAUGCGCGGGCGCGUCACUUCCGGGCGGUGCAGCGGCGGCCGCUUGGAAGAUGGCUGCGCCCUGUGGCUCGGAGCUGCCCGCCAACUCGCCGCUAAAAAUCCCGAAGAUGGAGGUGCUCUCCCCGGCUUCUCCUGGUGGCCUGAGCGACGGAAAUCCAUCGCUGUCCGACCCUUCCACGCCUCGGGGUGCCUCCCCGCUCGGGCCGGGCAGUGCGGCGGGCUCGGGGGCAGCGGCGUCCGGGGGUCUCGGGCUGGGGCUGGGGGGCCGCAGCGCCGCCUCGUCCUCGGUCUCCUUCUCCCCUGGUGGCGGCGGUGGCGGGGCUGCGGCAGCCGCCGCCGCCGCCUGCCGGGGCAUGUCGUGGACGCCGGCCGAGACGAACGCGCUCAUCGCAGUGUGGGGCAACGAGCGGCUGGUGGAGGCGCGGUACCAGCAGCUGGAGGGAGCCGGCACGGUGUUCGGCAGCAAGGCCCCCGGGCCAGCCAUGUACGAGCGCGUGUCCCGGGCCCUGGCCGAGCUGGGCUACGAGCGGACCCCGUCCCAGUGCCGGGAGCGCAUCAAGCUGGUUCGAUGCCCAGAACUGAAUGCUGUGCUCCAGCUGUGGCCUCACCGGUGCUGAAUAGAGAGGAAGAGCCACCUUCAUAGCUUACAUGUGAUUCCUCUGCUUAUACAACCCAAUACUGGAUUUACUUACUUUGGCAAGAUAGCUGCAUUGUGCACUGUAUUUAAUGUUACGUGUACUGUAACCCUGGGUCUUUCUCUGCAUUGCUGCCGUUAAACCCCCAAUCCUGCCAAUCUAAAACUCCUGCCUUUGUUUACCUGCCCCAUCCCCUACCUCCAGACUCCCCUUACAUUCAUCCACAAUGAAUGUCAUCUUUAUUCUCUCAUUUUCUUUCACUGUAAUCUUAAACUUUGGCAAAACUUUCCCUCUGUCUAUAAAUUGUCAGUUGUCAGCCAUCUGAUUUUUCUCCCUGCUUUGGUAAUGGGACGUCUUUCACGUCUUUCCUGUGGUACUUUUCCUUUCCUAGUCAUUGAACACUUGGCACGGUGGAUUUACCAAGCAUUCACUUGGCAUUUCUUCCACAUCAAAUACCUUUGGACUUCUCUGAUCUGACCACCUGGUCAGGUUGUUUCCUGUGUUUUAGUUCUUCUGUUCAGAUUUUUUUGACUUCUCCUGACCUCUAUCCUUAUAACUUCACUCAGGAUAUAGUAUUAUCUCAUAGCUCUUGUCCCAGGGAGGAGACAGUAAUACUGAUUUACCAUGGACAUUCCUAACAAUAAGGAAAGUGUUCUUCUUCACUGUGACUAGAAUAGUCUUUAAUAAUUUUAAGCAAAUUCUUUCCCCUCUGAGAUCUUAAUUUUUUAAAAAAUGCUAGAGCUAAGUGACUAUAAAUUUCUAAGAUGAGUGAGGUAAAGGAAGAAGGAAGAGAAACAAGGUUUUUGUGUUGAACAGGAAAUGGUUCUCCAAGGAAGCUGAAUUGAGGUUCUUGUUGGGUUUGGUACAGCUGUCCAAAAUGGGAGGCAAGACUUCGUUUUUCCUAGAUUCCAGAGCAUUAUCUUAAUCUAAGAUUUACAGUAGGUGUUAAGUUGGUUUAUUUAGGACUGUUGACAGAGACACACAAUCACUUAAUUAUAUGCUUUGGUUAAUCAUGUAGAGUGUCGAAAGUGUAACCUUUUCUGAUUUAUUAUGGAUGAUAAGAACUGGAAGGUCUCCAUAUGUCCUUUUUAUCCAUUUCUAAAGUCCCUCUCGUUUAUCUAAAUCUGUGUUUCUUAUAGUAGCAGUCAAGCUGAUGUUUAAGUUCUUGCUUCUUUUUCUUAGUUGAUAUGUGCUAUUUAAACAGCCUCUCCUUGGAUCUGUGGUCUUUACUGAACCCAGAAGAUACGUCUUUUGUAUAUUUAUGUCCUGAGAGAGUUAAAAUCAAUUUGGAAACCUUUCAAUACAUCAGAUACCUAUCAUAUGGAUUUAGGAGUUACCAAACAUUUUGCAUUCAGACCCCUAAUAGAUAUUUUACAUAUCAGCAUAUUGCACUAUUAAAGUGCAUUUCAAAAGUACACUACAAAGUAAGAGGUGGCAAGAUCUGUUAGGCUUUUCUGAUGAAAUAUAAAAUAUAUCAUCUGACUAUUCUUCCAUAUCUAGAACCCUUAGAUAUUUCUAGUUUCCUUAUUCAUAAUUACACAAGCCAAGUGAAAUUUUAAGCUCGAUUCGGUGGUUUAAAAGAAAGUAAAUCUUUUCUGUGGUUUCCCACCAUAUAUAGUGUCAAAGAUUGGUCGCUUUGCUUAUGCCUAGAUCACAUCCUAAGUGUGGCCCCUUCCUUCAAAGGAAUGUUAGUUUUAUUCCCUGACUUCUGAAAUAACCCUCCGUGACAGAUCCAGUUGGGCUCUUUUGUGUGCUGAAUGCCUUUCUCUAGGCAGCCAGUAAGUAGUGAGCAGUGGCAUGGUUUCCAUCUCCAUUUAUGGCCUUGGAAGGGUGACAGGGACAUGGCUGGGACUCUCCAUUUACGGUCCUUGGAGGAGCUGAGAAGAGUGGCUGGGGUGCUCUUGGAGGGCAGAAAGUAGACAUUGUGAGAUAAAAAUAAAUAGGAGAUGUUUGCAAUUCAAAUUCCAGUCCCUGGGGGGAGGGCAGAGGGCACCGGGAAGGGGAGUGUGUAGCAAGUCAGAUGAGAUCUGCUGCAGGCAUUUGUCUCCUUCCAUUGGAAGGGUUGCUCAUCACACGUUUCCCAGGUUCAUUUCUGAUUUGUUCCAGAAAGUUGUGUGUUAUGUACUUGUGACUCUCCUUUACGAAGAGAGAGAAGGAACACUAAUUAAAGUGUGGCAGAAACCUAACUUCUUUAAGGCAUCAUUUGAGGCACCAGAAGAAAUCUCCAGAAGGGGGGAAUGAGGCAGGUGCUUUACGCAGGGGAUAGGCUGGCUGGUUUUAGGAUGGGGUGACUCUUGUCACUCCUCUGCUUGUGUCAGAGGGAGAUCAUCAUCCGUGUCUUAUGUUUAUUAUUCCUUUUGCCCAUCUGGAUUUCUGGCCUCGAGGGACAGAUCUGCAAAGUAUUCAACAGAGUGUCUUCCUGUAGUUUAUCAACUGCGAUUUAAAGGUACUGAACUUCCGAGGAGGCCCGAUAAAGAUUAUUCAGAGUUGUUUUUGUUUGCCGAGAAUAGAGGACAUAUUGGCUUAUGGAGAGUCAUCGCACAUUCAGGAGAAAUUUAUAGUCUGGCUAAUGUGUGUAAAGUAAGCCUGAGGUGAACUGGUUUGGCACAGCUGAGUUAGAAAGUAUUUGGAGCCACCCGAGAAAAAGGGUCUUGUCUGUCACGAAAAUCCUCAGAGUAAAACCCAGUAAAGUAGAGAGGAGAGCUGAAGGAACAAAAGGAGGCAGCGAUGGGACAGAGAACGAUGUAAUUAAACUAAAUUUGGGACUAAGUCCUUGAUUUAUCUUUUGAAAUUUCGUGUAAGAUAGCAUAAGAUGUACCAUGAAACUAAGGAAAGAAAUCAUCAGACAUAUGUGUUAGAAGACCACGAAGCAAGUUGAAGGGUUGUGCAAGAUAAUAAAACUGUCCAGGUUGUAUCUGUGGAUUUGCAUAAUGAUAUUUGCUGUGUGCCACGAAAAAGAAGUGAAAUAACACCCUUUCACCUCACUUCCCCCGCAAAAGGAAAUUAUUGGCUUCAUUUGUUGGUGCAUUUGGCUGGCAGUUUGAGUUGGUAGAAUAGAUUAGUAUUAUCACUGGCUAAUUUUAGAUGUAGGUAUUAGUGUAUUGUUUCUUGAUAAUUGAUGUUUGAGACUGGGAAUCUGUAGCCUUAUUGAUUUGAUCUCUUUUAAAUUUUAGCAACUUCCCCAAAGACAGAGUGAGUUAGUAAAGAUUAUGGACUAUGUAAGGAACAAGUUUUACCAGCUGAUUUGUUGAGGCAAUUGUUUUUACCCUGUAUUCCUUCUUAAUCAAGGGUAAGGAAGGUUAUAUUCUUUGCUUUGGGAAAUUCUUCUUUCUGUCCUCCCUCCCCUCACUUUUUCCAAAUUCUGGGCACAAAUAGCAGCUCUUUCUUUUCUGUGGCAGGUGUGCAUCCUAUUGGCUGGCUGGUAUUUCUUGUUUUCCUUUUUUUUUUUCUUACUCUUUUAAAAUGGGGGUGGGGGUGUACAAAUACGUGUAUGGGACACAUGCAAUAAUGUUGUAAUGUUUCUUGUUGUUUAAUGGAUAAUUAAUUGCAAAGUAAUUGUUUGAAUUAUAACAUGUUUGAGUAAA